UGCUUAUAUAUUAUAGGCUUUUCUAUUUAAAAUUCUCAUUCAUUCAUUCAAAAAGCCUAUAAACUUUCAGUCCUUACAUUUUUUGGUAAUAAGCAAAUAGAACUGGUCUGGGCAGUUCAUCUAAACUAAAGAUGAUAUACCUAAAAGUUGAUACUUAAUGACCAGUCACCAGAAUCUUUUUUUGCCCUUAAUUACCCUCUAUUAAAAUAUCUUUUUUUAUAUUAUAACCAGUCUAAUUUAUAAAAUAUAUUUAUAAAAGAUAAACUAUUUCCAGUAACAUUUAUUUAAACGGUGAUUCAUCCAUUACCUCAAAUCAUUCAACACAAAAAUGUAACAAACAACUUAAAAGGAAGAUAUAGAAAAACAUGCCUUCGACGAGUGCCUUGAACAGUACCUUGAACGGUGCAAUUGAUAAACUGCCCUCAGUGUCAGUUUUUAUCAGAACUCUAAUCUUUAUUUUUACAUAGAUUAAAGAUAAUAAUGAGUUUUAUAAACCUGCAAUAAACAAUACGCGUAUCAAUGCCCCGGAAGCAGCUUGUUGCUGACGCAUUAAUCCAAGCUUCCCUGAAUUGAACCGUCGGCACAAAUGUUGAUUAGAGCAAAUGUUUCUUUAUCCCUGCUUCAAUCUGGGUUAUGGUGUGUCUCAAGCAACACAAAUAUGGCUAAACAGAAUUAACAGAAAUGUUCCUUGCGGAAGUGAAACCUUCACGCAGGCGUGGCUGUUUGUUAUUGAGUCGGCUCACGAAAGACCGCCAAGCAUUUUGUUUCACUCAACCCAGGUCAAAACGUGUAGACCCAUAUCCUGAGGUGGGUCUCAAGGACUUGGGUUAACCCGGGUACGACCCAGGUACAUGGUUUCACACUACGCAGAAUUAUGACCAGAGUAGCCAAAAUCCAGUUUUUUUUUAAUAGAUUUCCUGUCUCUGGUACCGAUUCCUGAACAGUAUAGGUAUUAUAACUAUGUCUUGGAAUCUAGGCAUUUGAUAGAUUAUAUUAUAUAUGCAAGCUGUGUUUAUUUAUUUUUUCUUUGGCUUGUUUUUAGUGGUUUUGUGUGUUUUGUUCUUCAAUAUAAUGUAAAAAAAAAGGUUGUUCAUAAGAAGCCCAUAAUGUUUGCAUGAAAGACAAUAAAAAACAUUCUCAGUUCUUGUGCAUUAUAUUUUGCUAAUAAACAUUGUCAGUUGGUUAACCCGGUCUUCUUUCAUGGGUUGACGUUGCUCUGUGGAAAUGUCCAUAUGAAGAAACACUUAUUUCAGCAUCCACAGAAUUGGUAACAACUGACAAAUACAUUUUAGCCUUUCUUGCCAAAUUGGGAAAUAGUUUUUCUGCAUGUCUCCAAAAUUUGGUAAAAAAUUCCACUAUCGUUUUCUUUUGCAUAUACCAUAGUUGAUAUCCCUCCAUUUCUUAUUUACAGUAAGCAUCAAACCCUGGAAUACAGUCUAAUGGGAGGGGUUCUUUAUCCAAACUACAAACAUGUUGUGGGUCUAAAAUCCUUUCUGCCUUCAAAAACUUGUGAGCUGGUUAAAUAAAAUGUGGUUUUACUCUGCAUUGAUCAGGGUUGUAGUAACUCAUCAAUUUUUCAAAAACUUAGAAAGUUUUAACAACACACUGUCUGCCAUCUGUGCUGUGCAACUCUUAUGCCAGUGCUCGGUAGUAUUUAUUCAUUCUGCAACUUUAUUGUACGUUUGAUGAAUUCUAACAUUACGGCUUUCAAAAUAAGUUAUACCCAUCAGUGUGCAGCACACCAGGUGGAUAUUGCUGCAAGCGAUCUCAAAGAAAUGCAUUUUGAGUUUGUUGGUGCAUCUAUUUGUUCUAAAACAGCAAGUCUCGAGCUAUCACCAGUGAUGGAAUCCAAGUUUUCGGACUGCAGUAAUAUAGAUUAUCAGUGUCGUGUAACAGACAACUUUAGUCCUUAUACAUCUUCAGCUUCUUGUUCUUCACUACUGAAGUAUCCUACAAAAGAGAAUUUACAAACAAAUCAUCCAUGGGAAUCUUUCUGCAAUGAGAAAGAACAAACUCAGUUUAUGCCCUUUUCCCAUCCAAGAGGCAAUAGCACAGCUGCUUUCUGGAUGCCAGUUUCAAAUGGGACACAACAGACCCAUCAGCAGCAAAGCACAUUGCAGUUUGGAAGUACAUUGGAAAAACCAAAGGUCAUUUUGCAGAAGAAACAUAUGGAUCACUCAUCCUUUUUAAACACACACGGUGACACUGUUGUAAGCAGCGAAACAGGACAAGAAGUAACCAGUUCUGGAAUUCAGCGUGAAUAUAUUAAGUACCACAAAACAGUACUAGAAGAUCGAAAUAAGAGCUCCAAUUUUCUUAACAUAGAAACACAACAAUCCCAGAGUUUUUACUGUAAAAAUGACAAGAAAAACCGUAAUGAGAAAAGUAGAGUAAAUAAAUUCAGUAGUAAUGCUGGCGUUUUGAGUCAGGUCAAAGACACAAUUAGAAAAGAUUCAGUUGCUGAGUGCAAAGACAAAUUUCAAGACAGAAAACUAAAAAUGAUUUUCACUGACCCAGAGCAGGUUUUCUUUACAAGGUCAAGAAGGUCUGAUGAAGCAAAUGAAAAUAUUUUGCAAAUGAAAGAGAGCCCAUGCAGCUUGAAAGAAAAGAAAGAGAAAGCGAUAGGUUCAGAGAAUUAUAAACAAAAGAUAAACUUUGAAGGAAGUACUCAACUGGAUUCAAGAAUCAGUAGAAGGGAUGUUGCAGAAACAAGAUGUAGUUCCUCAGAGUUCUUUCUCUUAGAGGCCCCAAACAGACAGGAGUCUGAACAAAUACUCAAUUAUUCAUUUUUGAGCAAUGAAUCUCCUACCUAUUCCCCCAGGGAAAGCUGUUUCAGUACAAAUUCUGAUUCAGAUGAACAUGGUCAAAACUUGCAACGAGAAGGACAGGAUGAAUGCAACAUUCAAGAAGCUUAUGAUAUUUUCCUUUCACAACAUACUGCAAUUACACUUGCAUUGUUCAAGUGCUUAUACAACUUCUGUCUUUUCCAGUCAGAUGAAGAUGGUCAAAACGUGCAACGAGAAGGACAGGAUGAAUGCAACAUUCAAGAAGCUUAUGGUAAAGCCAUACCUGCAACAGCCUUCAGCACCAAAAGUGAUCAAUUGAAGACAAAUUCAAGGGCUAAUGAAACAGAUGACCUUCAUACACAUGAGAAAAAAUCCAGCAGCAGAAUCAGGAACAACGAGGAUCAAGAUCAGUUUGUUCCUUUACAAGUAAAAUGUAGAUUACAAUCUUCUAGUAAUGACCAAAUUAGGAAUGUUGGGACACAAACUGACAUUGUUUUGAUAUUUUCUGGCAAAUCAGACAUAGCUACACAAUGCAACCUAGUGAACGACAAUGUGUUUGUUUCUGAACAAAAUCACAAUAAUGAUAAACCUAAUGUGACCACCAGGAGGCAGACUAGUCCAAUAAAUAACACCUCAGAGCCAAGAAAUUCAAGCGUAGGGCCAAAAAAACACUCUGAAACAGAGUAUCUUUGUAUAAAUAACUUCACAGCUGGAGGAAAGCAAAAUAACAGUAGUUCAAGACUGAAGUCGAAAAAAAACUUUGAGAGCAAGAGUGAAACCAACACUGGAAAUUGUGUAAACUUUGAUUGUGGUAUACCAACAAGACCAAGAAACAGCAAAACAAAAGAACAUUUGGAUUCCCAGAAAAUGAGCCUGUUUGUCGGAAAUUAUGAAACAAAGAAUGUGUCCUGCAUUCAGACAGUACCAAGAGGGUUGGAUGGAGACACCAGCAAUUUGGAAGGCAAUGUGAAUGAACCAGGAUUGAAUAGCCAACAUUUUUAUGGUGAAAACCUAACAUCUGAUUAUGAUAGGAUUACGAAUGGAAAACUGACUGAGCAAAUCCAACCCGAGACCAAGGUUAAAAGGAACUCAGAAGAGACAAAGACACUCCAUGAAAUAGCAGAUAUUUUGCUGAUGCUGGGGCAUAAAAAAUAGAUACAGCUGGAGGAAAUUAGUAAAUUGUUGAUUGGUCAUUCUCUCAUCUGUUGACAGGUGUCUGGUAUUAAAGUUGGAGACAGCUCUGCUAGGUAAUUAGAUUAUAUUUAUUUACCAUUUACAUAGUCAAGUGAUUGCAUUUAAUGAAUAUAUGU